AUUUCUAUUUAGUUACGAUAGAGGUUAGAAAAAGAUAAACAACAGCUCAAACUAACGGGUUCUGUUCAAUCUCAAAAUAAUUUAAAGGGUUUUAAUAGUCAGCUUAAAGACGGAUUCAACAAAUAUUAGUUUGUGAAUGAUAGAGUGGACAGACGUUUAUUGAUCUAAGACAACCAGAUGUCGUUGAUAUCAUCUUAAAUUUGUCAUAAUUAUAUAAAGGCGGGGUUAACAAUACUGCUGAAUAUUAACUUGUAUUGCUUUCCUUCAAUCAGCGAUUCACAAAUCAAAAUGGUGAUGAACUUUCAAUUUGUCCAGGGUACAUCAGGAAGUCAUUAUUAUAUUGACAAAGAUUUUAAUAAGGAAGUGUAUGCAAACUUUUAUAAGAAACUUAACAAAAUGAAUGACUUGGCAGACGACAUUCAAAGUUGUUGUUCUUCACAUUCGGACAAUGAAUCAGUUUCCAGCAAUGUUGAACCAGUUCGGAAUAAUUCGUUAAAGUUUGGAAUUGCAAACAUUUUAAAAGACAGUGAACAUUCAGUGACUACAGAAACGUCAUUUUCUAACGAUGAACAAUUAUCUAAAAACAUGUUUAACCAUACGAACAGUCCAAGACUUUUAUUUAAUCCGUAUUUUAUGCCAAAUUCAAGCCUUAUGUGGCCUCUCCAAGAUUUAUCAAGAGAUAGACAAAUAUUAACCAGACGAAUAGGGCAUCCGUAUCAAAACAGAACCCCUCCAAAGAAAAAGAAGCCAAGGACAUCAUUCAGCAGACUUACCAUAAUAGAACUAGAGAAACGGUUUGAACAGCAAAAGUAUCUAGCGUCAUCUGAACGAACGCAUUUAGCAAAAGCUCUGAAGAUUUCAGAUUCACAGGUGAAAACAUGGUUUCAGAAUAGGAGAACCAAGUGGAGGCGACAAGUUGCUGAAGAAAAGGAAAUACAAAGACAAGCUGCAAAUCGUUUAUUAAUGUCUAUUGGACAAAGUGUUUUGCAAUAAAUUGCUCAACCUAAUGUGACUUUAAAGGAAGUAUUAUUGUUAAUUAAGAAGCCAUUACUGUGGGUUCUUUUCCCACAAAAUUUAACUGUUUUAUUGCUUUUACAUUAAAAAAAAACUUUUAUUAAUCGUUCUUCUUUUAAUAUUAUAUUAUAAUAUUGCGGUCCAUCAGAUGAGGUAAAUGCAUUUCAUCAGUUUUACUGUGAUACAGUGAAGUAUUAGUUAACCCAAUAUAUUGGAACCAUGUAUUUUUUUUUUUAAAUAAGCGGUGUUUAAGAAAACCAUGAGUUCAGGGCAAGAACUUUUUACCUUUCAGCCAAAUACAAUAUUAAUUUGUUUUAUUAUUCAAGUGGAAAAUAUGGCACAGAAUUCAUUCUGCGAUGGUAUUUGCGACUGCUUGCCAAUCGUUUGUAACAGUAUCACUAUAGUUUUUUUUCGACUAUGACAUCUUCUCUUCUUUUCAUCUUUUUGAUUAACCAUAGCAACAUCUCUAUAAAUAAUUCGUGGUUCUAUAUACAUAUAUACCCGUUGGUGUCUUUAACCUAUUUGGCUAUGACGAUUCAUAUUGAUGUAUAUUGUAAUUGUAAUUGUAAAAAAUACCAGUGGCAGUAGUUGUAUCCCGGCAUUGACCUCUUAUUCAGGUUGUUAACCCAAUCAAAAUU